UUUUACUGAUUUAAAUAGUCAUUAUAGCAAUUACGGAAUAAAAAUUAUGUAACAUUUUUUCGCAAGCUGUCGUGGCAAAAGUGAUUAUGAUAUGAAAUUGGAAGACUUAAAAAACUCGAAAUGCUAGUGGUGAAAAGUAAAAUUAUUAGUAAUGCGUUGGAAUUACACUAAUUGGCAUUGAGAGCGUUGUAAAAAUGGUAUCUUUUCGUAAAAUUAAAUAUAAAUCAAAGUUUUGGCUAGGCAAAAGGGAGGCAAAAAGUCUGCUACAAUGACUACGCCUCCUCUCGCUAUCACACGGCGAAGCGCCUCUUCGUAAUUGGUGCCACAGAUUCCCGUACAUCAGGUGCAGUUGCACGUACACGUACAUACCAAAAUACAAGUGCGGUCUCCCUGAAAAAACGAAGUAGUCGCGCGAGCCGCGUGGAAAGGGAAAGUAAGAUAGAGGAGUGGGGGGAAGAGAGAGCCAUGGGCCAGCUCAGCUAUGCAGCUCGACGCUUCGUGGUUCGUGGUUCGCCAUCGGCUGAUGGCGUGAUUCGGUGGGGCAAGUCGCGUGAGCUGCGGAUAGCAGCGGAUAGUCGCAAAAUCUCUGGCCGUGAGAGAGCCAAGCAAGCCGCCUGCCAAGUGGAGACAGCAAAGCAGACAGCAGUACACAGUCGUCAGUCUCAUCUGCUUUUUACGAGCUAUACUCGUUCGAAAGUUGAGGAAUGAUGACAAUAGUCUGAGUAGCAACUGCUGCUUGAGUUAUUUGUUAUCAACGCGCUAGUGUAAACAGUGCGGUUGAAUCAGUUGGCUGGACGAUCUUUAGUCUCUUCUUUCGACGUGUUCUCUGACUCGCUCACCACCAUGAAUGAGACAAGGAUUCCGCCCCAAUUGUCCCAACAACACCUUAUGGACAAUGAUGCCAACCAGCGAGCAAGCUCUUCUUCUGACUCCCAGUCCAUUAACAAACAAUCCGACGACAAUCCCAGCUUCAGAUCUGUCACUACCAAAGAAUGGCUCACCGUUCUCAUCCUCUGCUUUGUUAAUCUCAUUAACUACAUGGACAGGUUCACUGUGUCUGGUGUACUCACUUUUAUACAAAAUGACUUUCAUAUGAGUGGUAGUCAAUCAGGUUUACUUCAAACUGCAUUCAUCAUGAGUUAUAUGAUAUUUGCUCCACUUUUUGGGUAUCUUGGCGAUCGUUACAAUAGAAAAAUAAUUAUGAGUGCUGGAGUAUUUCUAUGGUGUUUGACUACAUUUAUUGGAUCAUAUAUGAAGUCCUAUGGUUGGUUCCUAUUUUUCCGUGCACUGGUGGGAAUUGGAGAAGCAAGUUACUCUACCAUUGCGCCUACAAUAAUAAGUGAUCUAUUUAUUAAAGAUCUACGUUCUAAAAUGUUAGCAUUAUUUUAUUUUGCAAUACCAGUGGGCAGUGGGUUAGGUUACAUCAUAGGAGGUGAAACAGCCAGGAUAACUAAAGCCUGGCAAUGGGGAUUACGCGUCACUCCAGUUUUAGGUGUUAUAGCAAUAAUUCUUAUUUUAGUGGUUGUUAAAGACCCUGCUCGAGGAGAAAAAGAGGGAUCUCAUAUUAAGAGUACAUCUUGGUCUGAUGACAUCAAAGCUUUGAUGAAGAAUCGCAGCUUCAUGCUGUCAACGGCAGGUUUCACCUGCGUGUCAUUUGUGACUGGUGCUCUAGCAUUCUGGGGACCUAUUUUUAUCUUAUAUGGAUUACAAUUGCGUUAUGAUGAUAACACAAUAACGAUAGACGAAGUGUCAUAUAAGUUUGGUGUCAUAGCCAUGGCUGCUGGUUUGAUUGGUGUACCAUUUGGCUCAAUGCUCGCUCAAAAAUUAAGAGUUCGAUGGCAACAAGCUGACCCAUUAAUCUGUGCAGUAGGUCUUCUAGUCAGCUCUCCAUUGAUAUUUCUUGGCGCGUGUUUCGCCAAUUCAAACGCUAUAGCUUGCUACAUUCUGAUAUUUUUCGGCCAGUUAGCUCUCAAUUUAAAUUGGUCUAUCGUAGCCGACAUGUUAUUAUAUGUGGUUAUACCAACGAGGCGAUCUACUGCAGAGGCAUUUCAAAUUUUAUUCGCCCACGCACUUGGUGACGCUGGCAGCCCGUAUCUUAUAGGCGUUAUUUCAGAUGCUCUGAAGUUUGUUAUUUUGCCGAAUUUGACUCUAGGCUGGGUCGAUCCAGCUCAAUCAGCUUUACCGGUAGACGUCAAACUAAUAGCAAAUUUUAGAAGUUUGCAAUAUGCUCUAUUCCUCUGCAUAUUUGCGGAGCUUCUGGGCAGUUUAUUCUUCUUCCUGACUGCAUUCUACAUCGAAAAAGACAAGAGACGGGUCGAUCUCAUUAUCGCAAAUAACGCGGACUCUGACAAUUUGGCCGAAUACGACGAAGAUCUUGGAGCUGGCCAGGUUAACGCUCUCAUAAGGCCAGACUAAUUCCCUAAGAACAGAAGAGCCGAGAGAUGCUGCGAUGGUAAUUCUUCAAGACCUUAGUUACCACAGCGACCUAGUUGCAAGACAAUUGUGCCUCGAAUUUCACUGUUUCGCUAAAUAAGACAAACAAUAACCGUUUCAACCUGUGGACGAGUGUCGAUUUGGACCAAGACUGUCAUCAACGAUACGCACAGUGUUUCUCUGUAUGUAUCUUGCUCCAGCACCCUACACGUACUUUCUUGCAAAUAGAGAUGCUUCGUCUCAUCGCUUUUUUUCCUAAUGCUGUAGAAAUGCUAAUUUCUGCAAUUUUGCUGUACUUAUCGCUUAUAUUUGAGAAACAAAUGCCAGUAGUUUCGUUCUGAUUAUCAAUAUUCUAUGUUCUACGCCCGCUACUUACUAUUACAAGAAAGUACGUAAUUUGCCUAUUCCUCUUAUUCGAACGUAAGUGAUUUGCGAGAAAAGACUGACAUUUUUGGCUUAUUGAGCCGUAGAAUGUUAACGACGUCACCUGCUGCAUCAUUGCUAACAUUCUCACAGCUCAACUCAAGUUACUAUUGCAUAUAGUACGUAGUAAUAGUUAAUGAAAGACUAUUUCGCGAAGAGAAAAGUUAAGAUAUUUAUAGAGAAAUAUGCACUAUAAUUGCAGAUAUCAAGUUUUUUUCAAGCAUUGAUACUGCACAUAAGUGUAUGUAUAUGUGUUUAUAUAU